UUGAUACAUUUAUGGCUUGUACAUGCAAGUCUUCUGUGGAAUUCAGUAAAUCAGAAAACCUUAAACGGAAGUGCCACUGCGCAGUACUACCUCGUCAUGUGCGCAUGACCUUACGGCUGAUAUGAACCCAAAACGUCGUAUACCUUGCCUGGACUAAUAAAUUUGUUUUUACCCUUAAUUUUUGUGGAAUUUUAUGACUGCUCCGGAGUGAUCCACAUCCGGUUUUGUCCAACGUGCCGUAAAUUAGCGAGCCCACGCGAUGAUGUUUCUUACUGCUUUCUUGGCCACUGUUUUUGUGAUAUGGAACUGCGACCAAGUUCACUGUCUCCUAAAAGUUGCGCCAACAGCUAAAAGCGUACCCAAAAUUGCGGAUUGUCAUAAAAUAAUUGACGCAAAAGACAGUGGAUCUUUGAAUUCGCACGAAGGAUAUCCCAGUACUCCGUACACCCCGGCUUAUCAGUGCCGGUACAUUCUGAAUUCCAUCAACAACCAGACAUUUGACGUGACAAUUGGGGAUCUUGGACAACCGGCAGCGCUUCGUCCAUGGGACUACGCCAUUAUCGCCGAUGGGAAUGUGGCGGACAAAAUGAACUUUAUUUGCAAUGUCACGAAAUAUAAAAAGCUGGGAGAAAAUGGCGUGGAUUAUCACGCAAUAAUGCAGAAACAUUUUACUUCCGGUAAGCCCGUUGUCUUCCCAAGCGAGGCGGCUUUCAUAGUCGUGGAUAUCUGCGUGGACCCCUAUGCCAACGAUCUGCCCAACAUGGCCCGAACGGGAUUCCAGAUCCGGUACAACCUGCGUGCGGUGGAGACAAAUGUCAUAACGGGAUCAGCCGGUGGCGGAAUAUUAGCCGACGUGCCGGAUCUCACCUGCGGAAAAGCGAAAAACCAACCAUCGGAAACCAAGAAUCGCAUUGUUAAUGGGAAUCGUCCGUGGGAUAACAGCUGGCCGUGGUUAGGCGCCAUGUUGAUGACCGGCAAAAAGCCACCACAACAAUGUGGAAGCACACUGAUUGCCGACCAGUGGGUAGUGACCGCGGCCCAUUGUCUGCCAGCCGGCGAAAGUAUGAUCCCGUCGCUGCGGAUUAUUCUGGGUGUGGAUAAUUUGGCGAAAGCCACGGAAAAUAACUACUUUAAGGUCACUAAACUGAUUAAACACCCGGACUACAAUAAACCUGAAGGCUCAGGCAGCAUGGAUAACGAUAUCGCCCUCCUCAAACUGGACCGGUUUGUGGAGCUGGAUCCCGCUACGAGACCGGAAAUCAACACCGCCUGCUUGCCGCAAAAACCCGUUCGGUUGCGCCCGUUUGCCGAAACCGCUCCAGAUGGAAGAAGGGUCUGCUACGUAGCAGGAUGGGGAACUCUGUUUUCUGGACAAAUUCCAAAUGUUAACGCCACUAAAGUUGGAGCUGGUUCAGAUGACGUUCUCCAAAUCGCCAUCGAAAUUAUGCCGCACCAGGAAUGCUCCAUGUCCGCCAAGGCUGCGGGUAGUAACGGCAUCGUAACGGAUCGCCAGUUUUGUGCUGGAUACAGUUUGGGUUACUACGAUUCCUGCCAGGGUGAUUCCGGGGGACCUCUCGUUUGCGAUGACGGUGAUUCACAGUGGAAACUGUACGGAAUUGUAUCUUGGGGAAUGAAGUGUGGGCAUCCGCAUAAGCCAAGCGUCUACACCAAUGUCAUGCAUCACAAGAAAUGGAUUUAUGACACCGUGGCUGCGAAUUCUGGACCGGAUUCUGACACAACAACCACAACACAGCAGCCUUCUUAAAAUAUUGUUAUCUGGCAAAAACAGAUUUUUUAUUAAGACAACCCCAAGUUUUGUAAUUAAUUAAAGCAGAUUGCAAUAGGACACAGUGGACAGUAACUACAGAUACUCGAUACAUCCAUUCAUGUUACUGGAAUAAUAAAGGUCGUCGCUUUACGCUACUCGGCGUAUC